AUGGGCGGCCCGGCGGUCGCGCCGGCCGCGCCCGACCCCGCCAAGCUGGUGGGCCCCGCCUCCAAGAGCUACAGCAUCGCCAGCACCUGGGACCAGUCCGCGCCCCUCACGCCCGAACAGCUAGCCGCGGUGGACGCUGUGUCCGCGCACUGCGGUCUCCGCCCGAUCCCGGCGCACAUUCGAGACCGAAAAUCGACGAACCCAACCAGCGCAGGGGGCGGAUCAAUUUCGGAUACGACCAAGGGGACUGCCGAGGAGCCCCCGGAGUCGUCGGGGGAUUUGGUGCCGGGGCGUGAUGAUGAGUUUUUGGGCGAGCCCGCCCUGCACACGGCGCAGAAGUUCUACGAGUGGCACGCCAAGCUGGAGGCUGCGCGCGCCGCGGCCGCCGAGCACAAGUACCGCCAGUACGCAGAGCGGCUGGCGGGCCAGGUGGAUGCGUGCGCCUCGGUGCGGUCCGCGAUCGACGACACGCUGGCCGGGCUGGACGCUAUCCAGGCGGCGCACCGGGAGGCGAUCGGCCGGUCGCGCGCGCUGCACGACACCGGCGAACGCCUGGUGGAGGAGCGGCAGCAGCUUGUAGAGUUGGCGGAGGCCAUCCGAUCCCGGCUGGCCUUUUUCGAGGAGCUAGAGCGCGUGGCGUCGGAGUUCCACGCCGUGGCCGGCUCGGGGGGGGACCGGGUGGGCCGGGGGGCGGACUGGGAGAGGUUGAUGCCCCUGCUGCAGCGGAUGGACGAGUGCAUCGCCUACGUGGCGGCGAGGCCGCACUACGCGGAGUCGUCGGUGUACAUGAGCCGGUUCAGGGCGCUGCAGUCGCGGGCGCUGGGCGGGAUCCGCCACUGCGUCGGCCAGGUGCUGAGGGAGGCGUCCGGCCAGGCGGCUGCCGCGGGGAGGGAGGCCCAGGGGGAGGGGGAAGGGGGCCCCGCGGACGACGACGGCGGCGGGGACACCUCGCUGAUGUACGUCAGGUUCCGCGCCACCGCGGAGCUGAACUUGAGGGGCCUGUUCAAGGAGAUCGAGGCCAGAUCUGGGAGGGAGGAGUAUGCAAGGCUGCUGGGGGAUUGCCAGGCAGCCUAUCGCCUGGUUAGGCAAUCUCUGAUGGCAGAUGUUGUUCAGAAACGAGUUGAAGAACUAUCGAAGCAGCCGAUCGACACAAUCGUCAGGCAUGGCUUUGCCUACCUCAUUCAGAUAUGCAAAGCUGAGCACGGCCUCUUUCAUGGGCUGUUCCAAUCGGCCAAAGAAGACCCCACAUUCCUGUUGCCACUCAUGGACCCACUGGGGACAGUGUUGUACGAUGUGAUCAGGCCCUUUGUGAUUCAGAUGCAGUCUGUGGAAGAACUGUGCAGUCUGGUCCAGAUCCUGAAGUCAGAAAUCGCUGGCGAUCAACUGGCUCGGUUUGGACAGGCAGUGGAGCCAUUGAAGCCCACGGUGAUGCGCACACUGACAGAUGCCCAGGAGAGGCUGACGUACAGGGCACAGGCCUACAUCAGGGACGAUAUCGCCAAGUACAAGCCUUCUGCUGAUGAUCUGGACUACCCAAGGAAACUGGAGACGUCUGCAGAAGCGCGGGGUGAGGUUAGUGGCGAUCGGGGAGCUGGACCAGGUGAGCCAGGGGAAGGGGAAGGGGAAGAUGGUGAUGGGACAGUUGGGACAAGCAACGAAGAGGCGUCCAUCUCAGACAGGCAUGGCAUCGACAGGGACACAUGGUUCCCCCCUCUGAAGAUGGCUCUGGAUUUAUUGUCCAGGUUGUACCCCUGCCUGGAACCCCCCAUAUUCGGAGGCCUUGCACAUGAGGCCGUGGUGUGCAGUGCCAUGUCCAUCGUGAACUCUGAGAGGCUUGUCCGACGGGCCAAUGGCCCUCUGGACGGACAGCUGUUUGCCAUUCGUCACCUGCUGCUCCUACGGGAGCAGAUCGCAGCCUUCAAGGCAGAGUUCUCAGUCGUUGAGAAAGACCUUGACUUCUCCCACAUGCGAGACCACCUCAGGCGUAUCAUGGUUGGAGAGUCAUCCCUGUUCUCACUGUCAGGGAACAACGCAGUCGUGCAGUUCAUGAGCAGAGCAGGGCCCCGAGUGACCGACACACAGGUAGACUCUAAGAAGCAGUUAGAGAAGCAGUUGAAGCAGGCAUGCGAGUCGCUGAUCAUGAUGGUCACAAAGGCGACCGUGGAGCCUAUGCUGUCGUUCCUGACCAAGGUGACGGCCAUUCGCGCCGUCGCCCACACCAAUGCGGAGGGCAGGCCGCUGCGCCCAUUGCGUGAGCAGGCCUUUGCAAACCCAGACAGGGUGGCAGAGAUGGUGGGGAACGUGAACGAGGCCCUGCGGGGGGCCCUGCCGCAGGCGGUGCUGAAGAUGAAGCAGUACUUGCCAAACCCCAGCACUCACAGCAUCUUGUACAAGCCCAUCAAGUCCAAUAUUGCCGAGGCGCACGCCCAAGUGGCGAAUCUGCUGUUGAAAGAGUAUUCUGAGGAGGAUUUCGCGCAGGUGCCGCUCCUUCCUGCACAGGAACUGUCGCAGCUCAUGGACAAGCUCAACUGA